AUGGUCAAGAGUUUUGUCAGCAACGUCGUGCCAAAGAAGGUCAAGCUCAGAUCGGUCCAGAAGCGAUCCGCCGCCAAGGAAUCCACUACUGGGAAGAAUGUCAAGUAUGUUCGUGAGAAGUGUGCUGUGGGUCCUCGUGGACAGCGCAAGGACCAAAUCAAGUGGAAAGGGACGCUUCAUCAGCUCCUGCGAGCCUCCGACAAGGAGAUCAUCAACAUCCCCAUCGCCGACAAGUUCAUCCCAAAAUGGGAGGGCAAGACCUGCCCACCUGCUCCAACGGCACCUCGUCCAAGCUGCAGCUCGAUCCCAGCGGUUGCUUCAAACAUCGGUGCAGUCAUGGCAAUUGCUCAGUCCCUCCAAACGCAGGCCGCUCACACUAUACUCAAGUUGCGCAAGAUUCCUCAGAGCAACAUCCACCUUCUUCUCGACAUCAACCAUAACGCAAUUGAGGACAUGGAGAAAAAGAUCUGCAAGCUCAGGCUGAAGUAUGUCGAGAAGAAGGAGAAGGAGAUUGUGUUCGGAGAUGGGAAGUCUUGGAAGGAGAUCGAGGCUGAUGGGGCUACCUUUGACAGACGCGACAUAUCUCAGGGUGUGGAGUUCAAACACUUGAUCCAAUCCAAAGACUGCGUGAUGAUGUGGGAGCGGAAGAUUGAGUGGAAGGCCUUGGGCUUCGAGCUCUUGCGUGAUCGCAAAGUGAUCCUGCGCACAGACUCUGCCAAGAGCUACAAGCUCAACCUUCCUGGGGUCGCGCGCGACAAG